UGAAAGAAUAGGUGUAGGCAGCUGAAGUCCUGAAGACGUGUGGCUCAGGUUCAUCUCUGUGCUUCAGGUUUCUGUGAACCUAGGCUGGUUAGGCUUUGGGCAAUUUUUGAGACUUCUGACCCAAUCUGUAUGUUGUAAAUUAGAUGCGUAAGAGUAAAUUCUGGCUUCCCUUUUGAGGGCUUCCCUCCUAAGACCUCUUGAAGUGAUUCUGUAGUUCCUGGUAAUUUGUGAGGUGAAAAAGUACAAAUUGAUUAAUCCCUAUAGCAGUACUAAAGAUUGUGAAAUAUGUAGUGAAACAACUAUAGUUUGCAUAGCCACAUUUUUGUUUCUGUAAUCUCUGUAGUUCUCUCUGAAUUUUUUUUUUCCAAACGCUGGCAUUCCUUUGUACGGGAGGAGACAGCACUUUGGCUAAAAUGGAAAAAUACUGUUGUCAAGUUGGCUGUUCAAUGACUAUAAUCUUUAGCACUCAGUGACAUAUCAGAAGGUUUGUUGUUAAGAGACGCUCUGAAAAUUCCGUGGUUUUCAAGUGUUAUCUGAGCAGCAGCUAUAAUAUCUUUUUUUAUUGUCAUAUGAAUACAAAAUGUGAAUAGCUGUGGUCUGAAAGUUAUGUAGAAAAUCAUUCCUACUUAUUUGUGAAAAAUGAGAAAAAAUGCAAGUAUAAAAGCAAAAUCUAUGGGGAAAAAAAAGACUAUUUCUAAUAGUAUUUUUUCCAGGUAUCAUUCUUCAUAAUAAAAAAUAUAUCUUUUUCUUUCCCUUCCUUGUAAAUUAUUCUCCAAUAUUCGUGAUUUCAUAGAAUGUAACACCCUGCUGACUUUGUUUGUAGGAGUUACAUGAUGUGCUGCUUUUAAAGAUCCUGCUUGAACUCCUAUGUGUAUACACUCAUAUAUAUAUACAUAUACACAUAUAGCAAUUCAUUUUUAUGUUUGUGUGUUUUGACCUGACUAAAGUAAUAGAUAGAUGAAGGAUUUAGACUUCUGCAGAAUUACUGAAUUUCUUGAACACAUUAUACAUGAAAAUCUUCAGAUUUCUAAUAUCAGCAUAGAAAGAGGAUGUGGGCCUGCCUAAAUGAGCCAAGCCUCCCAUCAUCAGGUGGUUUGGUUUAAAUGUGUUGCUGAAGAGUUUUGUCGUAGUUGCUGACUAUGGUAUAUAGUGGGCACUUAAGCCACAAGUAAACAUUACAGCUUUACCAAAAGGAUAGGCGUGAAUAGUCAUUCGUUUCACAGGAAGGGAGGGAAUUACCCUUUUCCUGAUUGUCAGGUAGUUAAACUCUGUCUUUCCAGAGUGGAUUUUAAUCGAUGAGGUGUUAAUUCAAACAAUGAGGACAAAGGAGCAGUGAAGAUUUUUUCUUUUUUUUUUUUAAAAAAGAACAGACUGUAAACAGCUGAAUCCUCAAAAGUAUAGCUCUGGCAUAUUGCCAUACUUAAUGUAGAGUAAAAACUGCAAAACUUCAUUAACUUACCCUGUUGGAAAAGCACAAAUGACAUGGCAAAAUAAAAUACAACUUCCAAGUAGAAAAAGAAGACAUGGAAGCAAACAAGCUUUAUUAGAAGGCAGGCAGUAGCCAAGUGAAGCAGCUGGAAUCACACUGAAGUCACUCUGAACUCUGCAGAUCAUUCUUCCUUCUGCUGCAGAGCUCACAUCCCUGAUUUACAGUGCGUUUCAUUCCAAAGAGCUAAACAAGAAAGCAACUGUGCAACAUGACAUUUGAAGAUUUUGAGAACUACUCUUACUUCUAUGACCUGCCUGAGGAAGAUGAAUCACCCCAGUCCUCCCUCAGCAUUGCCCAUAUGAUUUCCCUUUCCUUUUAUAGUGUGGCAUUUCUGCUGGGAGUGCCAGGUAAUGCCAUUGUCAUCUGGUUUAUGGGCUUUAAGUGGGAUAAAUCUGUUUCUACACUUUGGUUCCUCAAUCUGGCCAUUGCAGAUUUCAUUUUUGUUCUCUUCCUGCCACUCUAUAUUACAUACGUGGCAAUGGGCUUCCACUGGCCUUUUGGGAAGUGGCUCUGCAAAAUGAACUCGUUCAUUGCACUACUUAAUAUGUUUGCCAGUGUUUUCUUCCUGACAUUCAUCAGCCUUGACCGGUAUAUUCGCCUAGUCCACCCAGUCUUUUCCUACAAGUAUCGGACUGUAAGAAACACCCUCAUUCUUAGUGGAAUCAUUUGGAUGUCAGCUGCAGUUAUUGGUGGCCCUGCCUUAUACUUUAGAGACACAGCUACAGUUCUCAACAAUGUCACCAUUUGCUACAACAACUUCCAUGUGCAUGACAGAGAACUUAUCUUGCUGACACAUCACAUUCUCAUUUGGGUGAGGCUUGCAUUUGGUUACCUCUUUCCUCUAGUGACCAUGGUCAUUUGCUACUCAUUGCUGAUUGUCAAAGUGAAGAGGAGAACUGUAUUGACUUCCAGCAGGCUUUUCUGGACCAUCAUUGCUGUAGUUGUAGCUUUUUUUGUUUGCUGGACACCAUAUCACAUAUUCAGCAUUGUGGAGCUGUCUGCUCACCAUGAUGAAAACUUGCAUGACUUACUGCAGGAUGGCAUUCCCCUCUCCACUGGCCUUGGUUUCAUCAACAGUUGCCUCAAUCCAAUCCUCUAUGUUCUGAUUAGCAAAAAGUUCCAGGCCCAGGUCAAGACAACAGUCUCUGAGGUGCUGAAAUUGGCACUGUGGGAGGUGAGCCGCUCAGGAACUGUCAGCGAGCAGCUGUGGAGCUCGGACAACACCCAUGCGCCUGUGCACUAUUGUGAAACUGCUCAGUGACUGCUCUUGUCACCAUCCCUCUCCAAAACAGCUGACAGGAGAUUUGGAGGUGUUCUUGACUUCACAUCUGCCAGUCAGAUGUGCAUCUUUGCAGAUACAGUUUUAUGUAAACAGCUGGCUUAAUUGCACUUGCUGCUUUCCUUGAAAGGUUUUUAAAGGACACAUCAUUUGGGUGUGGUGUACUUGCAAUGCACACACAGCCUGAACCGAAAGUUGUCAGCAUAAGUGGAAUUGCUCUAAUGGGGUUUUUGAUCAGGAAUGGUGUUGUAAUCCUGUUGUGUUGGUGCGAUUCCAUACCUCGUUGAUAUCAAUAGAGCACAUAAUAAAAGUAUUCCUCCUUGCUGUCACUGAUAACACUCUUGAUUGAGGCAUUCUCAUCAAAGAGGUUGUGGCCAUAUAUCAAUGGGUCAUGAGUCUCCUGAUUGUCUAGUAUUGCCUUAAGUAGGAAUCACCUAGCUACAUCCCAGCUAAGCAAAGCUAUCCGUGGCUCCACUCUGCGGCUGGAGAAGAAUCCCAAGACAGGGAACAUUGAAUCACUGCCUUCUCUUGUCAAAAAAAGAAAAAUAUGGAAAUAAAUUCUGUUUUUUCCCCAGCGCUCUUUUGUCUUAUAUUCAAGCAUAAGACAGGAGAUCCUGUGUUUCCUGGUCACUUAUUCUUGUGCUUUUAUUUUAUUCUUUAUGCACUUAUUCUGUGCUUUGUGCACCAAUUGGGUGCAAAAUACUGAGCAGACGUUUCAUGUAGGUAUUAGGUUCCUCUGAAAAGUGCAAAGAAUUAGUGAAAUGGUUUCUGACAGAAGCUGAGAUUAAAGGCCCCCUGCCACAAUUGUUCUUUUUCUAUGUUUAAACUUCCAGGCUCAAAAAGGUUUACAACUAUCAGUUGCUCUUUAUUGCUCUGUCAAACAAAGGUAAAGAAAUAACGUAACAUUUUGUUUGCCUUAAUGCCAAUCUUCAAAAAAUGGGCAGAGUGAAUUAAAUAAUAGUCUGUUGCAAGUCUGUAGCCAGAUUUGGACAACUUUACCAAAUGAGAGGCAAUGAGUACAUCCAGGAAAUGGAGUGCACUCCCAUAAGAAAGAUGAAGUAGUCCCAGUUAUGCUGUAUUCUGUUCCAACUUGUUGCUUGCUGUAGAAUCACACAUGCAUCAAUGCAGACAUAUAUGCUGAGUGGACCAAUUUAUGAUGCAAUACCACAUAACUUAACUUAAAGAGUUGAAUGUAGGAUAAAACUCCACUAGAAGUAAAAGCAUAAAGCUUUGGGUAAAUUUGAACAGGUUUUUCCUUGUUAUUGGCCUAGGUAUACAGAGUAAAACUGCCUUUCAAAUAAUCUACCUAGUUCCUAUGGCCUGCCAACACACAUAAGCAGCACUUAUACUGUAACUGAGGCCUUGUAUGUAAAUAUAUUUGCUUUUGUAUAAAAUAUAUAUUUAUAUAUGCAUGCAUAAGCACAUCCAGUAUUGGUAGCUGUACAAAUAGAAACAGUCUGACUGUGGUCUGUGACUGUUCCUUUGGGCUCUGGUUUCAGAGUUUGGGAGAGUCAGGCAGAAUCAGUGGAAUUUCAAUGUAUUUCAGUUUGGACUGGAAAGUUGGUAAGCAGCACUCUUCCCUUGAGUCAUUUGCUGCCUGGUACAUAGUGACUCAUCAUAGUAUUUUGGCACAGUGCUGCUGAAUGUGCCUAAAUCAAACAUUUUGCAGUUUUUCUUCACAUGUUCCCUGACAUCUUUCUAAGAAUGAUGUAUUAGUACUACUCUCCUGACUGUACUCCAAGUGAAGUAAUAAAUUUUUGUUGUUCCAAA